CUCAGUCUGAAUUCAGCCGUCACAUGGGAUGAACUUCGCAUAAUUUUUGUUCCCUAGUUCAGCAGUCAGUGAAUAUACGUGUAGCGAGAUUCAUGCAACCUUCAAUUGAGAAGGGGGUUGGUAUGCGAAGAAAUUUUAUUCGCGCAUAUGUGUAAAAUUUAAGUGAAAUAUUGUGAACAUUUAUCAAAGGCGAGCAAGUGUAAAGAAACAAAUCAAAAGCAACGAACUUCAAGAUAUUUGAACAAAUUUUUUUUUCUUCGUUUCGCUCUUAUUUCAUUUCAUUUCAUUUCAUUUCUUAUCUUCGCACCGACUGUUUAUUACAUCAAGACAGAUAGACGAUAUAUUUUUUCCAUUCGUCGACUCAUUUCAUUUUCCUAUAAUUCAUGUGAAAAGAUUUUUCUUUUUUGUUUUUUUGUUGGAUUAAAUGCCGGGAUUCAUUGUCAGUUUAGGACAUUUAUUCAUUAGAUGUCACGCAGACUAAAUCGAGGCCGUUUUGUCAUAAGCUGUUAGCAAAUUUUAGCAACACAUUAUCUACGAUGUAUGGUUUAAUGUGAUGAGCACCAUUGGAUUGUUUUCAACUUUCUCGAGAUAAUUUUCGACAGAUUGAACUUGAACGACUGACUAUUUUUUGGUGGUUUGGUUAUGUAGCAGUAGCAGCAGCAACAGCAGCAUCGACACAGUUUCACCCAGUAAAGAAAAUGAGAAGCGUGUAUGUGCGUGCAAGAUUUUGUGUAUAUUGCUAUAUGUGCGAGUUUAUCAGAAUCCGGAUGACAUGAGUAAAUGCCAGCGUCGACGAUGAAAGAUUUAAAUGAAAAUGGCACACAGAUUACAUGGGCGAUAGAAUGAGAGAUUAUGCAGCUAAAGGCGACAGUCAUGCUUCUACACACAUCAAACAUACAUAUAUAUACAGAGUAGAGAUAAGUUUUUGAGAUAAAUUCAUCGUCCGCCUCUCGAACUUUGAAUAUAUACAUAUAUAUCGGCAACGACAAACAAAAGAAUCAACUUAAAUAAAUAAAUCGAGUCAACGCAUAAAGUUCUUGUUUAGUGAAUGAUGCCAACGGGUGCUGAAUUAUUUUGGAAUUGUUCAGUUUCGGUUUGGCAUUUAGUUUUAGUGCGAAUCACAAAGUUUUUGUGUGUUGUGACCGCGUUUGACAAUUAUACGAUAAAGCCAAGUGCAGAGUAAACGAGUUAGAGACGUCGGUGGCGACGACGACAACGACGAGGUUUACCAAGAGCGAGAGUUGACGAACACAAUCAACAAUCAAGGUGGAUUAUCAAAUAAUGUCGAUCAAACAAUAGACCGAACGAACAACGUUAAACCGCAUACAAUUGAUAGAAUUUCCCACGGCAAUGAUUUACAAAAUACAUGUCACUGUAUGAACAUUUUAGUGCAGUUGUUUUGAUUUAAACAUAAAACAUUUUCGUGUGCACAGGAAUUCAAUAGUAUUUAAUCAACGGAGAUUGUAUUUGCACGCGCUCUCCCACACACUGCGUCAUGUGAAUGUAAUGAAAGAACACUGCUGACAAAACAAUCGUAACAAAUUUGUGUUGCGCAAAGUUUUUUUUUCUGCCAUCGCAAAGAGUUUUAAUCAGAAAAUUAUUUCACCGAAUUGAGCACAAAGGAUCUACAAAAACAUGGGAAUAGACUGCAUUUUGUGUAACACUCAUACACAAGUUGGAUAUUGUUUAAUUGAAACAAUGGAUAUUGUUUAAGGUGAUGUGCUGCUCUGUUAGCUUGAUGAAAAUUCCUUCUACACCCAGGAGGAGUGAAACCGAAGAGAGAGAGAGAGAGACAAGAUAGACAGAAGAACUUGUGAAAGUCGAAUACUAGCAGUAGUUCGAUGCUGGUACAAACGAGCAGAUCAUGAUAUAUGUUCAACGUUGCAUACAUUCAAUAUUGUAGAAUAGACAGAAACACUGAAGUAACUCCUGCAAACAAAAGAAACAGCAUAACACCAUCAACAAAAGCAAAGCACAAAAAAAAGUUUAGAAUUAGUACUUACCAAUAUACUGGAUGCUCUCAUUCUCAUUUGCUAUUGGCGCUGAUGCUGGGUAGUAUAUUCGGGGCCACUGUUGCCGUCACUAAACGCUGAAUAUAUUUUAAUUACAUGAACCGGAAGCUAUGCAUAACAUGGAUAAAAACGUAUGUACUCUGUUUUGUUAUUUGAUUUGAUGUCCGCCCGUUGCACGCGCGCUCGCUCAAGCAAUUGUGUGCCAUAAAACGAACUAUACGCAAAAACUUGCGAGAUUCAGUUCAUCUUCAUUCUUCAUUGGAGCAAUACAAGAGGAAAACUUUGGCCGGAGCCAAAUGGAUAUGCAUUACUUGCUGUAUAUGUCUAUAAGCAUAAGUAUAAGUGUGGCCGUAAGCUAAAUGUAUUAAUUUGCACCGAGGGAAUUCCAAGUGGUGGUUGUAAAGACGUUGUGCGUUUUGAGAAUCGACAACGAAAACUUGCGAAGACGACGGCAACAUCAACAAGGACGCCGACAACAACGACAACGACAGCGACAACAAAGCAACAGCACUACAAGCAUACUAAGCAGAAAAGUAUCGAAGAGGCUGAGACCAGUGAAUAGCGUUACAAUAAAAGAUAGACACGGAGAGUUUUACGCAUUCUGUCUAAUUGUAAAUAAAAAGUUGUGUUAGUGCUGUUAUAAAAUAAUGUAUAAUUGUGUACUGUAAGGGAGCAAAUGGGCCAUUGGAAGAGCAGCAGAAAUCGUUGUCGUUUGGUUAUUCAGGUUCGCCUUUUCUUCCCAUUUAUUCUUUCACUCUUGCUCGUCCCAUGUCAAUCGAUUUCCGUUUGAAUGUGCGUGUCUUGGCAUUCUCGUCGUUAAUGGUUGUUAAUGAACUAUAAAGAAACGAUAUCAAACAGAAUCUACGACACGUAAAAGCAUCGAAAGUCAUCGAAGAGUGAAAGACAGAGAGGGAACAAAGGCAGAAGAAAAAAACAAAAGCACUUUCAGACAGCAUCCAAAACACCAUGGUCACCAUUUCGAACAGCCGACGCAAAUAAAAUCGAAAAAUAAAUCGGCUCGUUAAUGGACAUUUAUAUGUGCGCGCAUAACGACGCAUAUCUACUAAACAGUGAGUUCGAACGAGAGUGAGUGGAUGCGUGCACGCAGUGUCACUGGGAAAGUAAACGAUAAAACAAAAAGCGGGCAAGAGUAUGAGCUAAGCGAGGCGUACACACAAAGGCAGCGUUGCGAAAAGUUCCACGUUUAAUGGUGUGAAUUUUGCUCUUCGACAACACGAAUAUUUAAUAAUAAACGCGUUGUGAGUGUGUACGACUACGACAACGUUGACUGGCUAUAGCCUAUACCAUAGAAACUCAUAGCGAGUGAACCAAACGAACGAACGAGCGAACGAACGAGAAGAAAAGCGAAAAGAGUCAGAACAAAUGACAUUUUGCACUUCUGUUUGUUGAACUAUUUAAUUACACAGCCGAACACUGAAAUAAGGCGAUAAUUUAUGCACUUCAUACGGGUGUCUACGUAAUAGAGUAAUAUUUUUUUUCUUUUACUUGCCUACGUUCUCCACGAGGCAGUGUGCGAACAAAAUAAAAAGCACACAGGAUACGAAGUGUUCAUAUACUAUAUUGAUGAUGUGUAUGUGUUUCUGUCUGUGGGCUCGCUAGCAUCAAAUAGAAAUAUACAGCAAGGAGCAGCAGCAGCAGCAGCAGUAGCAGAAAAAAAUCGCAAAAGAAAAACUCUCAAGCAUAAUCAAAAGUGUUUGCAAAUACUAUAGUAGAUUUGUGUAUAUGUGUGUUCUGUGUAAAUGUGGUUAAAGGAUGCCCGAGGUGAUACAUACAAUCCGUAACAAGGCGAACAGAUAAAGAGACGCAAAAGAAAACAAAAACCAGCAUCUCUCACUCUGUGUGUGAGCUGAAUAUGUGCCGAUUUCAGUUUUUUCUUCUUUUCAUUUCAUCCACUUGAAUUUGCUUUUUGUUGUUAUUGUUUGUGUGGCGAACAAGCAUCUAGAGCUCUGGUUUGAGAGCCAACUUUAGAGCAUCAUAAUUGUGAUAAUACACAAUACACAAUUCACAAUACUAUUGUAUAUGCAUGUGGGUUUUCAAAAAGAGAAAAUAAUAACGGAACAAGAGCAAGAGAGCACGAGAAAGCUAAAAGCGUCAAAUAUUCAAAAACCAAGAGACGAGUAUGGUGCAGUAUUGAAGUGAGUUGAACGUGAUUUUUGGCCUUUUGAGCACAUAAUCGACAUUCCUUGCGAAUGCGGCAUGAACAGUCGAUCUCAUUAAAAUUGUUUGAAGUGUGUGUACACAAUACAGAAUUGCCAGCACUCUUCGUUGCCUCUCACUCUCUCAAUCUUACUACGAAUUGUGUGAAUGGAUAGAAGGACAAAUAGCUAAAACGAAUAGCAUUAUACCUAUUACACACAUAGACUGUUGUAAGUGUGAAUGUUAGUGGAAAAAGCCUUGUGCCAGCACACGAGAAAAUCAUCCAAUUAUUUUGAUCUUUGACUUUGUCUAUGGCCUAAUUGUAAGAUUGUAGCACAUUAAACUGAAACGUGUGAGAAGUGAGAGACAGAUAACUGUUAAACGAAAGUGAGAAAAAGUUCAAAAAGAAAAAAAAAAGACAAGAAAAAAAAACGAAACUCUGCAAAGAUGUCGUCAUCAACGUGUCGCAGCAGUAGUCAUUUAUGUUUUUCAAAGACAAACAAACGAGCUAUGCAACCAGAUAGGAGCAGUGGAUCAUCAAAGCAGCAACACUUUGACGAUGAAUCCGAUCGAAACAGAGCGAAACUAUCAAUAACCACUGGAAAAUGCUCAUCAAUUAACCCCUAUAGGAUAUUUAUUUUGCUAGUUAUCGGAUUACCGGGCCUGAAUAAUGGUCUGUCAUCCGUUUUUACCAAGAGUAUAACGUUAGGUUCAACCAAUUUCGAUAGCACAACCAGUGAAAUGUACAUAUUUUCAACGCCGACAAGGUCUUCGACGCCGAUGCUCGCAACCAAUUCACAAUCAAAUGGUGUUCGAUCGGUGUCACAAACACAAUCAGACCCAUUAUCACGUAACAAAGAUACCACUAAUAUGUCGGAUAAGAUCUUUAGCAAAAAUUUUAAAAUGCUAACGAAAAUGAAGCUGCCGCAUCAACAACAACAACAAAUGUAUCAACAGAUCGUAUCAUUGAGCCAAGGUAGCAUCAGCAGCAGUAGUAAUAAUAAUAAAUUAAAAGACGAUGUGAUAUCACAACAGCAGAUAACUAAGGAAACAGUUGUGUCAGCAUCAAAUGCAGUGGCAGCUGAAUUGAAAGGUGCACCAAUGCUAUCGAUCCAUGAAAAUGAUAACAGUAACAACAGCAGCAGCAGCAGCAGCAUCGAUGGUCAUUUCAGCCAUAAUACGUUAGACGAAUAUUACAAGGAGCCCAUGUACUUCGGCACGGAGAAUAGCACCACUGUGAACACACAGAUUGGUGCGAAUGCACACUUGCCAUGCACCGUACAUUACAUCGGCGAAGGCGUCGUUUCAUGGAUUCGCCGAAGAGAUUAUCAUUUAUUAACUGUCAGUCUAACAACGUACAGCUCUGAUGAACGGUACAGUGUGUCCCACGCCAAACAUUCCGAAGACUGGACGCUGCAAAUAAAAUAUGUUCAAUUACGCGACGCAGGAGUAUACGAAUGCCAAGUUUCAGUGCAUCCACCAUCCUCCAUUUUCAUUUAUUUGAAUGUUGUCGAGGCUCGAGCUGAGAUUGUUGGACCACCGAUACGAUAUUUGACACCCGGCUCAACAUUAAAAUUAAUAUGCCGUAUUGUGCAAAACACUGAGGCGUCAGCAUUUAUCUUUUGGUAUCAUGACAACCGGAUGAUCAACUAUGAUGUCGAUAGAGGCAUCAAUGUUUCAACAGAAGCAGACUAUCACUAUUCGGAGUUGACCAUUCAACGGACAAAUCGAGAGCAUUCUGGCAAUUACACCUGCGUGCCGAGCAAUGCACAGCCGGCUUUUGUGCUCGUCCACAUAUUCAAAGGCGACAAUCCAGCGGCAAUGUACCACGAGCACCGAGGCAGUGCAUGCACACAUGCAACCGAACGAUACCAUCUACUUACAAUGAUUUCGAUGAUCUGCGUCAUUACAUUCCUGCGGCAAUGCAUCGAACUUAUCUCAGAUACUACAUGAACAUCGUCGUCAUCAUCGUCAUUGUCGAAAGCGUCGUCGUCGUCAUUAAUGCAUAGUUAAAUUUAUUCAAUGGAAGUACUUAACAUUUAGUAUCAAAAAGUUAAUAACAAUGAAAAGUUUUCUCUUAUCAACACACACACAAACAUACAAAGACCGUAAAACGUCAAACGUGCAUCUCCUUCACUUGAGAAGGAAAAACAUACGUUAAAGUGUUGACUCUAUGUCGAUGAUAAAGUUAUCUUAUAAGGUAUUACACACAGGUCGAUCAGAGCCACUCCAAAUGUGUGAAACGAAUUGAGAAAUGGCAUACAUAUAGGUAUAUAAUAGUUUAAAUUAAAAUUAAAAUAUAGAUGAGAUUAAUGUUAUCUACAAAGAUAUGUAUUUUAUUGGUUUCGCAUAAAGGACGAAACAUACACACACAACACAAACACACUCAAAACCAAAAAAAAAAUACAUUCAAAGAAACACAAAAACACUCACACUUGUUUAGCAGAUAAAUCGGUCAAGUUAAAGCAACAGCAAAAAAAGACAAGUAUUAAAUUGUAAAAAGAUUAAAUUUUAAUGAAACAAUAAAAACGUACCAACUGAAAAUAACGAA